GCAUGGCUAAAUUGUUGGUAAUUAUAUAUGUACAUUUAUAAGCUGUCGAUCGAGUACAUUUAAUAAGAAAUUGAUACAUUUAAAAAAAAUGUUCAUUUCUUUGCGAAAAUUCUCUACCGUGAUGGCAUAAAAAAUUAAUGUUAUCAUGUUACAACAUCUAACGUCUCCGUUAAAAUAUUUGUUUCAGUGGAUUAAAAAUAACCCGUGGAAAUGGAACUUGGUAAUGAUAAUUGCAUUCGCACUAAUUCUAUUAAACUCAAGAAUAUAUAUCAGUUACCAUGAACUUAUCAGAGGAGAAUGGAAUGUUGGUGAGGUUUUUAAAUUCAACGGAGCCAGAACCACCACAUCAACUCCAACAACAAAGAGCCUUCCGUCAAAAUACCAACUGUUUAAAGCCACAACUCCGACAAUACCCACCGCAUCACCAGGUACUACUACACCACCAAGACCUACCACACCACCAAGAACUACACCACCACCAAGAACAACUGCAAACACUUCUACAUAUUCACCGACUUACAAAUGCGAUGAUUUCCUUUUGUUCGCAAACAGUUUCAAAGAUGGUAGAGGCUUAGGAAACCAGAUUUUUAACUUAGCUGCUGGUCACUUAUUUGCUAAAAUGACCAAACGACGACUUGCAUUAAAUAAUUCCAUCCUAAAUAACAUCGGCCUAGAGGAAGUGUUUGAUUAUCAUUACGAAAGAUUCAACCAGAGCAACUGCCAAUUUUACACGAUAUCUGACCUGCAUAGCUUGGGCUACAACCCUGAUGUUGAAAAAAAUUCAGAAUUGUUUAACUUAACGGCGAAUAAAACUAUUUUAACUAAUGGGUUUUUUCAGAGUUGGAAAUAUACAUUGGACGAAAAACCGUUAAGAAAUGUUUAUCUAAAUUUCAAAACGGAUAUUAAAAGCAGCAUUGAAAAUUAUUUCACGUCAAUCAAUCCUGCCAACUGGAGAGCGUCAACAUUCACACGAGUGGGUGUUCACGUGAGACGUGGUGACGUCUUGACGGACUCAAAAGUUAAAUUCGGCUACACUACACCAAAAGCUUCUUACUUCAUAAAUGCAAUGUUGUACAUAUUAUCUCUUUACAAGAGAGUCCAGUUUAUAAUAGUCACAAACGACAAAAUAUGGGCAGAGAAAGAAAUACAACCGAAACCAUUUCUAAGUCGAAACUACACAACUCAGGAUAAUUUUAAUAUUUUGAUAUCUACAUUCGACAGUGCCGCUCAUGACUUGGCGAUCCUGGCUAUGUGCCACCACACUAUUAUCUCUACUGGAACGUUUGGAUGGUCACCCGUUGCUAUGUGGUGA